UGUUAUUUUCAUGUACUUUUCGUCGAUAUGAUUUUGAGCCUGAAGUCAAGUGAAUGUUUAUGAAGAAUAAAUUGUCUCGGUUGAACUUCGUUCACAGUGAUAAGAGAGCUUCUAAGCAAACCACGAAGAUUCACUCUUGAGCAAAAGGGUGGAAGCCUGGGUGAAAUCACAGCAUUUUGUUUUGUGGACGCCUCAGGAACUGCGAGAUUUCCUUAACGCACCGUAAUUGGUUGUGGUGGAUUGUUUUGCUUUACGAUUUGCGGCAUAGCGAGCUUGCUAAAUAAAGAGAGAGGGAUACAUUAAGACGAGACCUUCUGCUGUGCGAAGCGCUGGUCCCAUGAAUUUACAACGACACGCUUGCUAGCCACUUGAAACAAGUCAGGUUAUUGCAGGAAUGAAUUAUAUCAGCAUUUAUAGACCUGUAGAAAUUAUGUGAGUUGGAGGUUUUCGACAGUUAAUGCUUUUAACGUAUCGGCGAUUUUGUUGUCUGUCGUCUCGGGACAUCGGAUCAUAAAACAUAAGUUUUCUCCCGAGCCUCAGCGAUAGCUAAGUAAACUUUAUUUUGGCCUACGCUGUGGAACUAGCUUAGCUAACGACGUUAGUGCGCAGCCAUUCCCUGCCUGUGGUUCACGGGUGGCUCCGUAGCUAGGCACGGAAAUUUCUCGAGGCGAGGGGGAAUGCAUUGAGGAACAGGAUUACGAAUUCAAGAAAAUGAAGAGUUUUACCAUUUUUGUACAACAUUUUGUCGACACUAACUGUCUUUCAUGUCGACGGUUAAUUUGAAUGAAAGCUAGCUAGCUAGCUAACUUCAAAACGGAGCAAUAGUUUCAUGCGAGUGUGCGCAGCUCUCUAGCCUAGCAAGCUAGGUAAUUGAACACGUUAGACUCUCCUCUCCGCCCAUUUUCUCGGGGCUGACAUAAGUUUUUUAUAUAUCUCUCUAUAUUCUUUCAAACAAAUAACGUUGGUGUAAUAGAUUUCCCCCCCACCAAAUUAGGCACUUUUUGAUUCCCCGCAAUAUUUUUUCGUCUUUGGAGUACGGGAUUUACUGGAGUGAGAAUGCGGCUGCGGACUUUGAUUGUUUUGGUUGCCUGUGUCUACAUUGUUUGGGACUGUCAGCAAACAAAUGGAGAAAAAACCAAUACCACCGGGAUGACUUACAUUUGCUCGAGUAAAGACAUUCGGAACAAUGUGACCAACCUGCAGACGCUGCAGAACUGCACAGUGAUUGAGGGCCACCUGAAGAUCCUGCUCAUGUUCGCCACCAAGCCGGAGGACUUCCAUGGCCUGAGCUUCCCCAAGCUGACCGUCGUCACCGACUACCUGCUCCUUUUCCGCGUCUACGGCCUGGAGAGCCUGAGCGACCUGUUCCCCAACCUCACGGUCAUCCGGGGCAACAACCUUUUCUUCAACUACGCCCUCGUGCUGUUCGAGAUGCUCCAGCUGAAGGAGAUAGGCCUACACAGCUUGAUGAAUAUUACCCGAGGAGCAGUGCGCGUGGAGAAGAACCCAGAUCUCUGUUACCUGUCCACCCUCGACUGGUCCAAGGUCCUGGAUUCCGUGGAGGACAACUACAUUGUUGCCAACAAGAACGAACGAGAAUGCGGGGACGUUUGCCCAGGCGCGAUUAAAGGCAAGACCACCUGCCCUCAGACCACUAUCAACGGUCAUUUCAGCGAACGCUGCUGGACCCAGAAGCACUGCCAGAGAAUGUGUCCAGCAUCCUGCAAACACCAUGCCUGUACGAAAGACAACCGGUGCUGUCACGACCAGUGUCUUGGCGGCUGUCUGGAGCCCAACUCGCCCAGCAAGUGCGUGGCCUGCCGCAACUACCUACACAGGGACUCCUGCGUGGAGAAGUGCCCUCCAAAUUACUACACCUUCAAAGGCUGGCGCUGCGUCACCUUCUCCUUCUGCCAGGAGCUGAACAACAAAUGCAAGCAGGCCAAGGGAAGUGACUGUCACGAGUACGUCAUCCAUGACGGAGCCUGUAUCCCCGAGUGUCCCUCCGGUUAUACUACUGUCAACUCCACAACGUUAAACUGUACGCCCUGUGGGGGGCUGUGUCCUAAGGUGUGUAUGGGCGUAAAGACGGUGGACUCUGUGACAGCCGCCCAGGCUCUGAGAGGCUGCACCGUGCUCAACGGCAGCUUAGUCAUCAACAUCAGAGGAGGGAAUAACAUAGCGGCUGAGUUGGAGGCUAACCUGGGCCAGCUGGAGGAGAUCACAGGCUACCUGUCUGUGCGACGGUCCUACGCUCUAGUCUCUCUCUCUUUCCUCCGCAAGCUUAGACUCAUCCGCGGAGAGACCCAGGAGGUUGGGAACUACUCAUUCUAUGCCUUGGACAACCAGAACCUGAGGCAGCUUUGGGACUGGUCCAAACACAACCUUACCAUUGUGAACGGUCGCAUGUUCUUCCAUUACAACUCCAAACUCUGCAUGUCUGAGAUCCGCAAGAUGGAAGAGGUGACGGGGACCAAGAACCGGCAGAUAAAGAACGACAUCGCCUCGAAGACCAACGGAGAUCAGGCAUCAUGUGAGAACCGGUUGUUGAAGUUCACCCAGAUCCGUACAUCAUCAGACAAGAUCAUCAUCAGAUGGGAGCCUUUCUGGCCUCCGGACUUCCGUGACCUGCUUGGGUUUAUGGUCCUGUACAAAGAGGCGCCAUAUAGGAAUGUCACAGAGUUUGAUGGACAGGACGCAUGCGGCUCCAACAGCUGGGUGAUAGCAGAUGUGGACCCGCCCUCCCGGGCCACAGAGGCCAGAGACCAGCUGGAGCCGGGCCAUCUCAUCAUGCCUCUUAAGCCCUGGACACAAUACGCAAUCAUGGUCAAAACUCAGCUCUCAGCCUCCGACGAACACCAGGUCCACGGGGCAAAGAGCGAGAUCAUCUACGUUCGCACCAACGCCACCAGGCCUUCCGUGCCACUGGAUCCCAUUUCCUCCUCUAACUCCUCGUCUCAGAUUAUCCUGAAGUGGAAGCCACCUAACGACCCGAACGGCAACAUCACCCACUAUCUAGUGUUCUGUCAGCAGCAGCCUGAGGCCAGCGAGCUCUACAAGUUUGACUACUGUCAGAAAGGCAUGAAGCUGCCCUCCAGGGCUCCCACACAGGUGGACAAUGACGAAGAGCAGAAGUGGAACCAGACAGAGCAGCAGGGUUCUGGUGGAAUGUGUUGUGCCUGCCCCAAAACCGAGAAACAGCUCAAGAAAGAGGCAGAGGAAACAGAGUACCGCAAGACGUUUGAAGACUACCUGCACAACGAGGUCUUUUACCUCAGGCCAUCUAGACAGCGCAGAUCUCUCGGUGUGGCCAAUAAAACUCGUCCGCACUUCCCGACCACGCCCUCCACCCUGCUCAACGCGUCAACCACUCCAGGCCCAGAGAAAAGUCCAGAGUUCAUGAAGAAAGUGCUGCGGGUGGAGGCGAAGGAGUUUACGGUCAUCUCCGACCUACGUCACUUCACCAGCUACCAGAUAGAAAUCCACGCCUGCAACCACCCCACAGACCCCAGCCGCUGCAGCAUGGCAGCGUACGUCAGCGCCCGCACCAUGCCCGAGGAUAGAGCCGAUGACAUAGUGGGGCCCAUCAUCUGUGACGUGUCUGAGUACUCAGUGCACAUUAAAUGGAUGGAACCCAAGGCCCCUAAUGGCAUGAUCAUUCUGUAUGAGGUCAACUAUAAGAGACUGGGGGAUACAGAGGAACUCCAUCACUGUGUAUCCAGAAAAACCUACGAGGAUGACGGGGGCUGCAAGUUGAGAGUGGUGCACCCCGGGAAUUACACGGUGCGAGUGCGAGCCACCUCCCUGGCAGGCAAUGGCUCCUGGACCGAUCCAACACACUUCUACGUCCAGGACCGCCGAGUGGACUACACCAGCAUCGUGAUCGGACCAGUCAUUUGUGGCAUCCUUAUCUUUGUCAUGGGAAUCGGAGGAUUCGUAAUGUUCAAGAGGAAGCAAACUGAAGGGCCUACUGGGAGGCUCUACACUUCUCCCAACCCAGAGUAUCUCAGUCCAGAUGAAAUGUACGAACCAGACGACUGGGAGGUGCCCCGGGAGAAGAUUCAUUUGUUACGAGAGCUUGGCCAGGGCUCGUUUGGCAUGGUCUACGAGGGCAUCGCCAAGGACAUAGUCAAAGGGGAGGCGCAGACCCGGGUGGCCGUGAAGACGGUGAACGAGUCCGCCAGCCUGCGGGAGAGAAUCGAAUUCCUUAACGAGGCCUCCGUCAUGAAGGCUUUCAGCUGCCACCAUGUGGUGAGACUGCUUGGGGUGGUGUCUAAAGGACAGCCCACCCUGGUAGUGAUGGAACUAAUGACCCACGGAGAUCUGAAGAGCUACCUACGCUCCCUCAGGCCUGACUCUGAGAAUAAUCCUGGUCGCCCUCCUCCCACCCUGAGAGAGAUGAUUCAGAUGGCUGCAGAGAUAGCAGAUGGCAUGGCCUACCUUAAUGCCAAGAAGUUUGUACACAGAGACUUGGCAGCAAGGAACUGUAUGGUGGCAGAAGACUUUACAGUGAAAAUCGGAGACUUCGGCAUGACAAGGGACAUUUAUGAGACGGAUUACUACAGGAAAGGCGGGAAAGGGCUGCUUCCUGUCAGAUGGAUGGCUCCUGAGUCCCUGAAGGACGGAGUCUUCACCGCUCACUCAGACUGCUGGUCGUUUGGGGUGGUGUUGUGGGAGAUCAGUACCCUGGCUGAGCAGCCUUACCAGGGAUUGUCCAAUGAACAAGUCCUUAAGUUCGUCAUGGACGGCGGUUACCUGGACCGGCCAGACAACUGUGCUGACAGGCUGCACAACCUUAUGCAGAUGUGUUGGCAAUACAACCCCAAGAUGCGACCGACCUUCCAGGAGAUCAUCGAGAUGCUCCGAGAGGACCUUCACCCUUCGUUCCAGGAGGUCUCCUUCUUCUACAGCGAGGAGAACAAGCCGCCCGAGAGCGAGGACUUUGACAUGGACCUGGAAAACAUGGAGAGCAUCCCCCUGGAUCCUUCGUCCUAUUCCCAACGAGAGGGCAGUUUAGAUGGGGACGAGGGCUCGUCCGUGGGUCUGCGCGGGAGUUACGAGGAGCACGUGCCCUACACACACAUGAAUGGCGGCAAGAAAAAUGGACAAAUCUUAUCCCUACCAAGAUCUAGUCCCUCCUAA